AUGUUUGGGCCGGAAGAUGCUGUCAACAAGCGCAUUGAGGACUUAGGAGAUCCCAACACGGUGCGGACAAAUUCGCAGAUGGAACGAGAGAAUAAGAAGCAGGCGGUGAAAUCGCCACCGGUGGCCAGUGUCGAUAAGGUUGAAGAACCUCUUCGCAACGACAUCUUUGGGCUCAGCUUCUUCUUUCAUCAGACAAACAGCGACCCAUCCUUUCUUUCACCGGGCGACCGUAGCUCCUAUAUCCACUGGCUCUGCUACAUGGGUGCUGAGAACGUUGACUGGAUCGUCGACGGCUGCCGCGAGGUCACGUCCACCUUUGAACCUCCGGACGAGAUCGAGGGCCAGGAACAGGAGGAAUUAGAGCAGGCCGAGAUCGAUGUGCCCUUUUCUGAUGCAGCUGCGCCCGGUAGGGGCUUGAAGCGCAAAGCGAGGGACGAUGCCCGUGGUGAAGGUACUAUUGAAAAACAGGUGAUAAAUAGGCUGGGUAAUGGCUGGAAGGACUGGAGGCAGAGGCAUAUGGAAAUGAUGGAAUUCUGGUAUAGGGUCUUUCUAUGUGAAUGA